GCAGCCUCCGCGUCUGCGCAGCCGCAGUCCCUGCGGCGCCGGCUCUGCAGUGCCCCGGCUGGGUCUGGUGGGGAGGGCUCUGAUCCCGUGCCUGGGGGACCAGACCGGGCGCUGGAACAGGAGGAGGAGGAGAAGCCUGUCUCGGGAGCCCCGCCGCCCGCUGGGGACAUGCAGAGCCUCAAGCCUGAGCACGCUCGGGGGCUGCUGGAGCCAGAGAGGACCAAGACACUGCUGCCUCGGGAGAGCAGGGCCUGGGAGAAGCCGCCCCCUCCCGCCUUCAGCAAGGACUGGGAGGCCGUGGAGGUCGGGGCCUCCAGCUGUGACAGCGAGGAGAAAGACCUGUCUUCUCAAGAGACUGGGGUUUCCCAGGAGUGGAGCUCGGUGGAGGAGGACGACGAGUCGGAGGAGUCCCAGGGCUUUGUGGAGUGGUCAAAGGCUCCACAACAAACAACCAUAGUCUUGGUAGUAUGUGUACUUUUUUUGUUUUUGGUUUUAACAGGGAUGCCUAUGAUGUUUCAUAUUUAACUAUACUGGUGGCUUUUGUUUUGAAACAGAUGCCCUGUGUCAUGUUAAGAAAGUGUGCUGGUUAAAAAUCAGGAAUGAAUGUUGAAUAUUAUCAAAUGCCUUUCAAACAUCCUUUGAGAUGAUUUUUUUUUAACUUUUUGGUGUGAGGUUUUACAUUAUUGUAUUUAAUUGAAAUUAAGACAUCAUUGAUUGUAAAACACAUAUUAUUU